AUGGAUACUUCACCUCUUGCUGCUUUUUGUUUUUCCGGAAAUCAGAAUUCUUGCAUGACAUCAAUAUCAGGAUACAAUGAGAUUGACAAAUCUAAUUUCAUGGUUUCCGGGAAGAAAUAUAGUGAUAAGAAUAAUAAAUUCGGUAUGAUUAACUUAAAACAAUCUUCUAAGAGUGGAAAUAAUAGCAUAUGUUUUGAUACUGGAUCAUUUAAAAUGAGUCCUACAACAUCACUUGUAGCUGAACUUUCUGGUAAUUUUUAUAUUGAUAAGAGCCCUGUUCCUCCUACUCCAAGACGUUCGCUUUUGUUUAAGUUUUCAUGCGAUCAUCAAUCAACACCGGCAUUGAAUUUUUUAAAAGAUCCUAUUACUCCUAAAUUUGAUUCAUUAACGAUGGGAAAUAUUAAUAUAGCUACACCAUGUUCAUCCCCUAUAGAAACUAUGGAUUAUUCCCCAUUACCACAAAAGCAUACUAUAACUGCUUUUAGUACUGAGUAUUGUGAAGCUUUUGAUGACCAGAAUUUAUGUUCAUAUGUAAACCCAGAAAUAAGGGAUUAUUGUGAUAUAAAGAAUUCUAAAGCACCUUUAAAUGAUAUAUCUAGCUCUAAUGAAUUGAAUAAUAAUAUAUUGAAUUCAUUAUUUAUGGUUAAUGAAAAAUCGAAGAUAAAUCCAUCCAUUCUUGAUACUAAUUAUGAUAAAGAAAAUGCAGACAAUGAUCAGAUAAAGAAUGAUAAUGAAUCAUGUGAUAUUGCUUUGAAUGAUCUUUUUUCUAAUUCGCCAAAUCCUGUUCGGUUUUCUACUGGAAAUGUUGAUUCUGAAUUUCUCCAGCCUUUUAAAAAACCUUUAUUUUCUCGCUAUUCUAUUGCUUUAGAAGCCUCCCCACUUUCAUUUAUGGAUAAUGAUGAUAUGGAUCAUCGGCUAGUAAAGUGGAGAAGGACACAAAGCUUAUAUAAGAAUUCUUGCGAUUUUCUUUCUACGAAGUAUAAGGGACAAGAAAAUAGUGAUCUAUGUUUACAAUUGUCUCCAUUUGAAUUUAAUUCUAAUGAUUGUCAAAUUUUGCCUUGUUUUAGUAUUAAAGACGAUCGUUUGAAAAGAAUCGAUAGUGAUAUAAUUGUCAGAUUGCUAGAUGGGCAUUAUCAUGACCAAUGUGAUGAAUAUAUGAUUGUAGAUUGUCGAUUUGAAUAUGAAUAUAAUGGAGGUCAUAUUAUGGGAGCUAUUAAUAUAAAUACAAAGGAUGCUCUAGAUGCACUUCUUCUAGAUAAUCCGAAGACUAAAAGAUGUCUGAUUAUUUUUCAUUGUGAAUAUAGUUCACAUCGUGCGCCAAGAUUAGCAUUAUAUUUAAGAAAUAGGGAUAGGCAACUUAAUAUGAAAAGGUAUCCUCUUUUAUAUUAUCCGGAAAUUUAUAUCUUGCAUGGUGGUUAUAGAAGUUUUUAUGAAAAAUAUAAAGAAAGAUGUGAGCCGCAGAAUUAUGUUGAAAUGGAUGAUUCUUUACAUAAAACUGCAUGUGCAAGAGAAAUGUGUAAUUUUCGAAGAAACACUAAAUUUUUGAGAACUCUAACAUAUACAUAUGGUCAGACUGAUGCAAUUUGUACGAACACACUGCAAAAAGAUAUGGAAUAACGCUUGUUAUAGCAUGUUAACUGAUUUAUGAUACAAAA